UCGCCAAUGUCGCCAUGCAUCGACAAUCUGUAUUUGAUAACAUUCUUUCAAUUUUGCAAUCUUCAGUGACUCUCGUGCGCUAUUAUAAUUUAAACACGAAUCUGCAAAGUGUAUCUUCCUGGGACUCUCAGUUUCUGGAAAAACCAAUUUUGGGAAAAAUUGCAAAUUUUCAAUGGGGUUAGGUUGGGGUUUGAAGAUGUUUUGUGGAUCUUUACGAUAACAGCCAAUGAAAUAACAUAUUUUGUUAUUGCACUAUAAUCAUUUAAAUGUGUUUAAAUAAUAAAGUGAAAGAGAUACCUGAAACACAGCAUGUUUUGCUUACAUUUUCCAAUUUAUCUCAAAAACUGAAAAUCUGGAAAAAAAUCUAACCAUAUCACGUGAGAAGGCAGACAUUUUGCUCAGGAAAAGGAAAGCGUCAGGAAAAAUUUAAGAUCAUGUUUUGAUCCCAACGUAAAGCGAAAAAAUUUGGCAAAAUAUGUGGCGACGGAAAUGACACAAUGUUUACGGUUGCGUUGUCUGUUGCUCAGCACAACGAAACCAUUAAACGCGUGCGACCUUUAGUUACCGCUACAUGUUUUGCCAAACUAUUUCGCUUUUACAUUAGAAUUAAAACAUAACCUUGUAGUUUUUCUUAGUGUUUUCCUUUAGCAAAUCGCGUGCUAAGGUAAGAUUUUCUCCUAGACCUUUAAUUUUUGAAAUAAACUGAGAAAUGUAAGCAAAGAAUGGUGUGUUUUAGGUGUUCUUUUCGCUUUGAUCAUUAUUUAAACAUGUUUAAAUGGUUAUAAUGCAAUAGCAAAAUAUAUCAUUUUAUUCGGGACAGUAUACAAAAUUUGUUUAUCUUAACAGCAACUCGAUGGCUGCUACUAUAAAAGCACAAAACAUUUCCAAAGUCGAAGAUUUGCAAUGUUUUUUAAAAUUAAUUUUUCUGAAAACUAUGAAUUCUAGGAAAACACGGUUUGCAGAUUCGUAUUUAGCUUACAAAAGUCUAUACGAAUCGUCUAUUGAAAGUAACAAAAUUAAAUACGUGUUGGAUAAAUCGGUUUCAACAAAUAAAUCGGUACUGGCUGUUAGUACGUUAUAACAGGUUAUAGUAAGUUUGAAACUCUUCUACUGUGCAUGGGGCCACCUUGUUUAUAGUGUCAAGUGAGGGAAUCUUUAUUCAAUUGACAGUAUCUUCAGAUUGAUAAAAAGGUUUUAAGGAACGCAUGACAACAUUCAUUUCCAUUACUAAUGGAGGAUCGAAAUAAAUUGCAAUCAGAAUGGAAAAGACCAGACGAAGUAAUGCAGUUGCAUCGUUUAAAAAUGAAAAAGCGUGCCCUACAAGCACGUAUAAACAAUACACGCAUUAAUAAAAAAAAUUUAGAAUCAGAGCCUACACAAAAAUCCAAUAAUCAAAAUAUUGUGUCCAAUCAUUGUGUAGGUCAAAAGCGAAAGAAUCCUUUCAUUAAAGAUGAAACAGAUAAAAAGCUUAAUAUAACACCUCCAGACAUGGAAGCUAGUAAUGAUAAUACACUAUUUGAAUUAUUAAAAAUAAAAGUCCCAAAAAUGAAUGAAACAGAAAAUUCAAUAAAUGAUCGUUCUUUAACAUUUAGCAAUGCAUUUUUACAAUUGGAAGCAAAUAAGAAUAUUUUGGAUUUAGAAAUACCAAAAGGUGAAAAAUAUAUUCCAAUAGACUGGACUUUAAAAACUAAAAUGAGAUUUAUGUCUCCAAAACCAUUCCCUUGGAAUUGUAAAUUGAAAACUAGCGAAGAAGCUUCUGGUACGACUGGUUUUGUAAGAUGUUUGGAUAUUAGUGAACAACAUUCGACUUUAGAUACUAGUCCAAAUGCAAGGUUACACCAAUGCUGCUUAAUAUGGCAGCAUCCUUCAUUACCAUGGUUGGAGUUAUUUCCUCGUUCUACUGGGAAAGUAAGUGCAAAUUUAACAAGUAAUUCUAUGAUAGUAAACAACAUGCUCAUUAAAGAAGCUUUAUACAAAGAAUGGAGUGAAAGCUUCAGGUCACUUUUUCAUUUAUUGAGAGCACGACAAUGUCCAUAUUUUUAUGUUUGUGCGACCAAUUUUACUGUAUUAUUCCGUGCUGCUGGAAUUUGUGGAAUUUCUGAAGCUCAUGCACUUUUGACACCUACAACACGUGGUUUUCGACAGUCUUUAAAACAGGAAGAAAUUGAAUAUACAAUGCCUUUGAGAAAAGAUUGUAAACGGCAAUCAGAUGUAACUGAUUCAGGAUAUGAUACAGCAGAUUCAGCUACAUCAUUGAGCUAUACAGAGAAUCAAAAUCUUGAUGAUGAGGAAGAUGAAACACAAGAUGAAUGGCUGCAGAGCUUAGGAGUUGAAAAUUCUGAAAUUCGUAAAAUUAAUAAUUCUCAAGCAAGAAUGACAUUAGAAAAAGAAACUGAACUGGACAAUAUGAAACAAUCCUUGAUUUUUGUAAAAGGUGUAGAGUCACAAGCUUUAUUUAACUUCUUAAUUAAUUGUAAAUCUGCCAUUACAACAACUGGUCCUUUAGCAGGAGUACCUCCAACUCUUUUAUCACCAGUGGCUUUUCAUGGUGCAACAUUAAAGCCAAUUAGGGUUAAAGAAAGCAUAGUUCGUGUUGACAGUGAAAAAUAUUUUUCUCUGGAAUUAAAAGGACCCCUCCUACCACAUGUCUUACCUUCACUCUGUUCUUUAAUGAAAUCUAGUCAGUUAGAACAAUAUUCUGCGAGUUGUGCACGGUUACACUCAACAACUUCAUUUUCAGCAAUGAAAAAUAAUUUUGAACAAAUGGAAUUAGGAAAUAUACCAAAAAUUCCAGAAAAUGUUUUUGGUAAAGAGAAUUUGAGCGAUUGUGGAUUCAGUAGCGAAUUAUUAAAGGAUUUUUGUAGUCCUGACCCAACAAAUAUUCAAAUUAUAGAAAAUAUUAAAUUUUCAAAUAAUUCGUAUACAUGGUCUUGACAAAUAAUUGUAAUAAUAUAGGAGAUUAUAGCCAAGUUUUAAUUGAUUAUAUUUAUUAAUUAGUUUGAGGAAAAGAAUUUAGAUAUUAGGAUAAUAUGAUUUAUUCUCAAAACUAAUCAUCAAUGAAAUCAAUUGAGCGAAGUUAUUUGAAGAUUUAAAAUUCAUUGGCCCAGUGAACAUCAAAUUAAAAUAUUAAAUAUAAGGAUCAUCCGAUGCUAACAUAAUAUUAAUUAGGGCAGUAAUAAUUAUUAUCAUUGCUAUUGAAAUCUAUACAUUGACUACAAUAAUGAUUAAAUGUAUAACAGGUCAUUUACAAAACUGGCACUAUAUUAAAAUCAGUAGAAUAACCAUAUUUUGUGAAAAUUUUUUAACGAAACAGUUAUUUUACUGUGUAAUAAAUAUUUAACAAUAAAUGAUAAUCGUUUAUUCGAUCCGUUUUAAAAUAAA